GUAUUUUGACACAACGGUCACUCAAGCAUUACAGCAGUCGGCGUGUUGCACAUUUUUCUGUUUAAUUAAAGUAAAAGACCAGCCAACGGUUAUAUAACAAGAUGAACAGCCUGAGGACAGCCUCCAUGCGAUUUGCCAGCCUGGCCAGCUCCAGUGCCGGAUCGCUGGGCAAGCGCGACUUCACCCGCAGCCUGUGGCACAUGACCAAGAAGCCGGUGGCAGCCGGAGGAUCUGAUCAUGUAACCGUGCUGAAUCUCCACAAGCCCAGCAUCAACUGCACGUGCGGCUGCAAUGUGCACACCAAGUGUGAGCGGGAGCUGGUGGAGUUCCUCACCGAGGAGAUCGUGGCCGAGCGCAAGGUGCAGAAGGGCAAGUCGGUGCCCAGCACCCUGGACGGUUUCAGCGUUAAACUGACCGGUGCCGAUGUGGAGCUCACCAAGCAGACGGACAAGGAGAAGGUGGUGGUCAGCUUCAAUGUGAACCACUCGGUCGACAGCGAGGAGGAGCCGGAGAUCAAUCCGAAUGCCGACAAGCCAGAUCUGGGCGAGAUGCGGAGCAAGCCCCAGUUCGAGGUCGACAUCAUCAAGGGCAACUCCACGCUCUCCUUCACCUGCACCUUCCUUCAGGGUGAAGCCCAGGAGGGCGAGUAUAACGACAUCUUCUCCAUCGAUGAAAUGGCCAUCUUCGAGGGCGAGUGGAACGACAAGGUCUAUGCCGUUGCUGGCGACGUGCUUGAUGGCUAUUUGUACGACUUGCUGAUCAACUUGCUGGAAGAGAAGGGCAUUAGCCAGGAGUUUGCCGAGAAGCUAUCCGAUCUGGCCACCGCCCACGAGCACACUUCUUACAUUGGCCUGCUGGAAAAGCUCUCCAAGUUCACAGCCGGUGGCAAGUGAACGAACGCACGUUUCACCUAAUCUUAAAGCAUAAAGUUGUGUAGGUUUUUAAGUUUCUAUUGUCCGCUGCCGCAGUUUCUCUACUUAAAACAGUUUUGAUCAGUUGUGUUUUUGGUUUGGCUGUGGCAGUUAAAUAACUUAGUUUAUAGGCCAGCAAACAUUUAUACAUGUUUCAGAAAGAUCGCUUGAAGCAAGUGCCAAUUGUAUAACCAUUUCGGUAACUGCAUUAAGUUGAAGUUCAUCAAAUACAUUACUUAAAUUUGGAA